AUGAGCGUUAUCAACUACUAGUCAUUCUAAGAUUUGGAUUAAAUUGAUCCUUAUUAUCUCCUCAACACCAAUAAUCAUUUAAACAGUAAUGGCAAUUCAUCAGCACAAAUGUGGUAUUAAUCUUCUUAAAAUUCUCAACCACUUCACACAGUUUCUCAAGCUGGUAUUCACGAGCCCUAUCACUUACAGCAAGAAUAAUACGAAAAUCAUACAAAUGCCAAUUACCAUGACAUUUCUUUUUAAAAGCACAGUGAAAACGAAUGCACUGAUUUGCUAUCAAGAGAAGUCCCUUCAAUUGCCUUUGAGUAACCUAUUGCCACUUCAAAUAAAAUAAAUGCAAAAUAAUCUUCAAUUCAAGAGCUUCUCCCAACAAAGGAAGAUUAAUUUUUCUAUUCAAACUAAGACUCAGGCAAUGAUAUUCAAAAUGCUUAGACUCGCUCAAACAGUUUCCAAUCUGAAAAUUAAACAUGUUCAGCUUCUACUAUUAAAUUAUCAAAUAAAAUGGGAAAUUCUGUCACCUACUCAACAAUUUCAGACAUGAAGCAAAAUUUAGAACAAACUAAAAGUUCUUACACUGAUUUAUCUCCUCAUUUGCCUUUGAGUUAAAAUAUUUAAUAUGAUCCUUAUUAGAAUUCAUCAACUUCUUCUUGUUCUUCAAUUUCUUUGUGCUGUCCUACAGUUUAGCAUAACAUAUAAAUGAAUGCAGAAAACAGAGGAGAAUCAAGAACUGAUGACCCUUUCCAUCCUCAAGGUUGCUACUAUCCCUAAAAUCUGAACAAUUAAGCUGCCAGUUCCUAAAUGCCUUACAUAAGUGAUGCUGAAUAUCCUUCCUAUGGAGCUGCAUAUCCUCAUUCUUUAGAGGAGUACCAUUUUAACCAUAAAAAAUGUCUUGUUGAAAAUAGUUAAAAUGCUUUCUAGAUGCCUUAAAAUGGGGAAAGAGCUGAAUCACACGCCAUGAAAAAUUAUUAAUAGAAUAAUGAUAAAAUAUAGAUAAGUAAUUUUAAUAGAUACUAUGAAUAAGACUAUCAGAACUAAGAUAACUUUAAAAACGUUGAAAAUGCACAAUAAUAUUAAUAUUCUAGUAAUCUUAAUCAAUGCUACUAUGAAAGACAUGCUUUAGGAAAUGUCAGAAGUGCUAACACAGGUGUUUCUCACCCAUAUUUUUCAGGAAAUGCAUAUUACUAUGGAAGUAGCCACUCUUCCUUUUAAAAUGCCCUUGGCUAAAACUAUUAUAAUAACUUCCAUUUUUCUUAGCCAGCCCAUUAUGGAUAUAAACUUAAUUAAGAAAAAUCAAAUGAAGUAUAAGGUCAUAAUACUUAAUCAAAUUAUUCUAGAGCUCAGUACAAUAACUAAAAUAGCAGCUUUUACAAUUAAAAUUACUCUCAUAAAUAUUACCAAGGCCAUUUUGAUCCAGAAACUAAUUUCGAUCAAGAAUAAAAUAUUGAGUUAGAGGGUAAAUGUAAUUAGGGGGAAAUUCAUCAUCAUUCAUAUUAGUCUACAUUCUAAAAUCAUUUUAAUCCUUCAUACGCUGCUUAUCCUGCUGGAGGCCAUGCAAAAUUUAUCAGUAAUCAAGAAUAUGAAGGAGCCCCAAAAGACUAGCAUAACAAUAAUGGACUUUUUUACAACGCUCUUAAUAAUACCACUUUACCUGUCUCUUCUACUGUCCCACAAAUCAAUAAAAGUGAAUAAGAUAUCAUUAAUAAUUUCUAACCAGAAUUUAAUAGAUUAAAAAGUUAAUAAAUAAAUGGUGUUGACCAAAGACAAAUUAAGUUAAUUUCAUAGCCUUAAAACAACAUUUAAAGCCAAAGAAAGUUUUCUAAUGAAUAGAUACCUAUUAAUUAAAUGUAACAAACUGAUGACUAGCCUCAAUCUGAAAUAAGCAGCCGUCAUCGUGAAAGUAUUGACACUAUAGUAUCUGGUAAUUAAAGUCAAGACACUUUAAUGAAUAAGGAAAUCAUUUCUAUCAAUUUCAAAAACACAAAGUAAGAAAUCAUCUUUGAAGAUUCCUAAGACGAAUGCUCUUCUCCUGGAUCUGCUAAACACAUUACUGUAGAAUCAGCAAGAGCCAGAGCUAAAACAAUUAACAUUAUUCGCUCUCCUUUACCUAAAAAGUAAAACUCCUCCAUUUCACUGAAAUAAACCCCCAAAAACUCUCCCACACCAAAGAAGGCUAAGAAGAGUUUGGAUAUAACUGUAGGUUUAGAAGAAGAUGAGGAGGAAAAAGAGCUAAGAUUAAAGUUAGAGUAAGUCAAGAUCGAGAAAAAAUUGAGUAUUGAUACUUGCAGCGUAGGUGAGGACGAUGAAGAAGAUGAUGAAGAUGGAGAUAAUUGUGGUGAUAAUGAUAGCUAAGAAAAUUACCCAAUCUCUAAAGAGCUUUUAAUGCUUACUUAAAACAAAAAGAAUGUUGUAAAAAAUAUAAUGAGUGCCUUUAAAACAUUUGUAUUGACAUGGGGUGAAAAAAAGGCUAUUGAGUAAAUUUAUAACUCUUCAAACAGCAGCUGCGAAGAAAUCGAAGAUAUCUAACGCAAAUUUAAAAGAUAUAUCGGUUCAAAGAGUUUCAACCAUUAUUCUCUUCGUCUUUUAAUUUUACAUGUAAACUAUGGACCAAUAUUUAAAUUCUUCCUAGAAAAAUUCUCCACCGAAUGGUUAGAAAAUAGUAAAAUAAAAGAUACUGAAUCCCACUAAAAGAUGAUUCAAUUCUUCCUCUCAUGCUUCGAAGAUAUCAAGAUAAUAGAUGCUCUUCGCCGCCACCCUAAGAAAAAAUGCAGAUUUUCAUGA